AUGAAUUUGGGCGCGUAUCGAGUGACCUUGUCCACUCUUUUCACCAUUCUUCUUGUAGCAUGUCUUGUCGGUCAAUCAUCUGCUUCUCUAGGUGACCAUCUCCCAGACUUUCGAGAAUGUGUCCAGGUUUGUAAAACCGAGAAUUGUCAGAACGGCAAUUCGGUGCUACCUUUCCACCAUCGCUUGUUAUUAUGGACCUGUCCGUCGGAGUGCGACUAUACCUGCCAACAUGUCAUUACCGAUCGCCGAGUUUCGCGUGACCCUCCCAUGCUGGCCCCUGUGGUCCAAUUCCAUGGCAAAUGGCCCUUCCGUCGCCUGCUAGGCAUGCAGGAGCCCUUCUCCGUACUAUUCUCCUUCUUCAACUUCCUCGCCCACUGGCACGGCAUGUCCCGGAUCCAGGAGGCCAUCCCCGCCUGGCAUUCGCUCCGACCAUACUACAUGAUGUUUGGAUAUAUUGGACUGGCGAGUUGGACAUUUAGCAUGCUGUUUCACACCAGAGAUUUCCCUAUUACAGAGAAACUGGAUUACUGGGCAGCUGGAGCCAGUGUCCUGUUCGGUCUUUACCUUGCCGUGAUCCGAAUCCUGCGUCUCGACUUGGAACAGCCGCAGUACCGCCCCGCCUUGCGUCGGAUGUGGACAGCCAUUUGUAUUCUACUAUACACCAUCCACGUUUGUUACCUGACCUUUUGGUCUUGGGACUAUACUUACAACAUGGUGGCCAAUGUCAUAGUUGGUAUCAUCCAGAACCUACUAUGGACUGGGUUCAGUAUUGUUCGUUACCAGAAACACCUCGAAUCCUGGACGGCUUGGCCUGGUAUGAUUGUGGCAUGGAUCAUCCUGGCUAUGAGUCUGGAACUGCUCGAUUUCCCUCCUUGGCAUGGAUUGAUUGAUGCCCAUAGUCUUUGGCAUCUGGGCACCGUGGUCCCUACAGCAUGGUGGUAUUCGUUCCUUAUCAAGGACACACAGGACGAUAUUGCCGGGCACCGAUUGAAGGCGUGA